UACAUCAAAUGGCCAACUGCCACCCCGUAGUCCUGCGCUCCAUCUCCGUGCUGCUGCUGCUGCUGCUGCUGCAGUGCCUCGGGCCGAGUGCCGCCGAGGAUCGGCGGGCGAACCACAGGGGCGUGCGCCUGCUGGAUCGCUUCGACAACCGCUAUCCGGAUGGCAGCUACGAGUACCGCUUCGAGCUGGACGACGGCACGGCGCGCUACGAGCGCGGAUACUUUGCGAUGGUGGACAAGGUCAAGACCCUGAUGGUCGUCGGAUACUACUCCUAUCGCAUGACCGACGGCCGAUACAUCACCGUCUUCUACAACGCCGAUCAGUUCGGCUACCGCCAGAACCAAUCCAUCACGCCUCAGGUGUAUCCCAAUCUGCCGCGCUCCAUUGAGAUGCCAAUGGCCAGCAGCAGCGGCAAGUCCCGGCCAGAGUCCACCGGGAGCCACUCAUCCCAGAGCUCUGCCAGCACGCCCAGGGGUGCCACCACCUCCCCCCCGACGACGACGACGACGACGACGACGACGACCAGUCGCAGGGGCGGACGCUUCUGA